AUGGAUAGUCCAUCAGAAUCUACGAAUUAUGAAAAUACUUUAGUAAGUCCAAGCACAGAUAUAAAUGAAAAUAACUUGGAUUGUGUGGUCAUACCAGAAUUUUGUUCGCAAAAAAGAGAACUAUACACUGGUGAACCUAGUGAAGAAGUUGGCGAUUAUGUAUCAGAAUUAAGCUUAGAAAAAACGGUGCCUGCUGGUUCUAAUUAUUCGAGACCAUCAACUAAUAAAAGAUUUUCAAGCAAAAAAAGAAAGGAAAAGGAAAAAGCUACUGUGUCAGCCGCAGUUUCACAUUCCCAGUUACGAAGACAACCUCCUGAUCUUUUUUGUAACUGUGAGCUAAAAACAGCACCAGGAACAAAAAAUGCAUUUGAUCUAAUGCGCCUUCAGAAAAAUGCAAGAAUUACUGAUCAUAAUAAUGAUACACCAGACGUACCCGUUAGAUUAAGUAAUGCCAUCAUAAAAAAGAAAGCUGUGAAUGGAGAGGCCUGUGCUACAAAAGUAAAGACUGGUGAUUCAAUGACGGCAUUAUGA